AUGGACUCGCCCAUGAACCUCUUGAGGCGCUCGGUCGGUCACCAUGGUGGUGGCGGCGGCUUUUACAACAGCAAGCCCAGACAGACAGCAGACCAUCCGUCGCUUCUAGACACUGAAACACUCAGUAUAAAUGCUGCUUUUCACUCUCCGCUGCUUUGGAAAUCACUUAAAAUGGACACUCGCCAAAGCGCGUGCAAUGGACAUUGUUUUAGGAUGGAAAACUGAAGAUGGAAUAGCGAACAGGGGACAAACGGAAUGCUGAGAAAUGCACUCGUCUGCGUAAAACAGAGCUAAAACUCACUGCUUAAAAAUCUCCUCUCAGCGUCCGGUUGGAGAAGCUCCAGCGGCUGGAAGAGGAAAAAGCAGCCGGUCUGGUGCCUGUGGGAUCGGGUCGAGGGACAUUAAGAAAGCUCCUGGCUCAGGCUGUGGCCUGGGGACAAGACAAGCUCUCUCUGCAGCUUCCGAGAAAUAAAAACUGGGUUUGUGCCCCCUUCAUAAACAAACCACUUGCGUGAGAGAUCGGCUGUGGAUUAUCCAGGAGCAUGGCGUCCUAUGUGGAUAACAGUUUUCGGCAGGCGGUGAUGGUGAAUCCGUCAGACAGGACGCAACAGGACCUGGAGAUCGUUUAUUCAUACCUGCAUGGGAUGGAGGCUCUGUCCAACCUCCGCGAACACCAGCUGAGGAUAAUGUGUGAAACGGUCCGCUACGAAAGACACGAAGCCAACGAAGUGCUGUAUUAUCCAGAUGACAUUGGCACAUGCUGGUACAUUCUACUUUCCGGAUCGGUUUUCAUCAAAGAGUCCAUGUUCUUGCCACGCUCCAGUUUCGGGAAGAGGUCUGCCGGGAGUUUGCGUCGUGGAUGCGAGUGCAUCGUUCUGGAGCCGUCCGAGAUGAUUGUGGUGGACUAUAUGGAUGAGAAUGAGGAGUAUUUCCAGCGGCAGGCAUCGCACCGACAGUCACGCCGACGCUUUCGCAAGAUCAACCAGAAGGGCGAGCGGCAGACCAUCAUCGACACCGUAGACCCCUAUCCUGCUGGCAAGCCCCCCGUGGCGCGGGGAUACCAUACGGAAUGUGUUAAAGCUCAGCUGCCGGCAGACUUCAGCAGGUUACACCUGGCAGACGGGAUUCACCCUCAGGUGACACACGUGUCCUCCAGUCAUUCAGGAUGUAGCAUCACCAGUGACUCUGGAAGCAGCAGCCUGUCGGACAUUUACCAGGCCACCGAGAGUGAGCCGGGCGACAUGGACCUCAGCGGUCUGCCUGAGACGGCCGUUGACUCCGAGGAGGACGAUGAUGAGGAAGACAUCGAGCGUGCCUCAGAUCCCCUCAUGAGCCGAGACAUCGUCCGAGACUGCCUGGAGAAAGACCCCAUGGACCGAACAGAUGAUGACAUAGAGCAACUGUUGGAGUUCAUGCACCAGCUACCAGCCUUUGCCAACAUGACCAUGUCUGUCAGGAGGGAGCUGUGUGCUGUCAUGGUGUUCGCUGUGGUGGAACGGGCCGGCACCAUCGUCCUUAAUGAUGGCGAAGAGCUGGACUCGUGGUCUGUGAUUCUGAAUGGAUCGGUGGAAGUGACGCAUCCAGACAGCCGCAAUGAAAUCCUCUGCAUGGGCAACAGCUUCGGCGUUUCUCCCACCAUGGAGAAAGAGUACAUGAAGGGGGUGAUGAAGACCAAGGUUGAUGACUGCCAGUUUGUGUGCAUCGCUCAGCAGGAUUACUGCUGCAUCCUCAACCAGGUGGAGAAGAACAUGCAGAAGGUGGAGGAGGAAGGAGAGAUCGUGAUGGUGAAGGAGCACAGAGAGCUGGACCGCACAGGCACCAGGAAAGGGCACAUCGUCAUCAAGGGCACAUCAGAGCGUCUCACCAUGCACCUUGUAGAAGAGCACUCAGUGGUCGACCCGACUUACAUCGAGGACUUCCUGCUCACCUACCGCACCUUCCUGCCGAGCCCCAUGGUGGUGGGCAAGAGACUGUUGGAGUGGUUUCAUGACCCCAGCCUCAGGGACAAGGUUACACGGGUAGUCUUGCUGUGGGUGAACAAUCACUUUAAUGACUUUGAGGGCGACCCUGCAAUGACACAUUUUCUGGAGGAGUUCGAGUACAAUCUGGAGAGAGAGAAAAUGUGUGGCCACCUAAGACUGUUAAACAUAGCAUGUGCUGCCAAAGCUAAGCUGCGUGUGGUGACCCUGACCAAACCCUCGAGGGAAGCCCCGCUGGCCUUCACCCUGCUGGGCGGCUCCGAGAAGGGCUUUCGCAUCUUCAUCGACAGCGUGGAACCCGGCAGUAAAGCUGCAGAGGCCGGCCUUAAAAGAGGAGAUCAGAUACUGGAGGUAAAUGGGCAAAACUUUGAAAAUGUGCCGCUAUCCAAAGCCAACGAGAUUCUCAAAAACAACACGCACCUGUCCAUUACUGUGAAAACCAAUCUCUUGGUGUUUAAGGAGCUGCUGGCCAGGCCUGACCAGGAUCAGGAGCAAGAACAAGAAGAGGAGCCCGACCGGAAAAACGGGGCUCCGCACAUCCCUAAAAUCGGGGACAUUAAGAAAGCCAGCCGCUACUCCAUCCCUGACCUGGCUGUGGACGUGGAGCAGGUCAUGGAUCUGGAGAAAGCCAGUAAGAAAGCCAAGGCUAACAGCGCAGGCGGAAGAAACAAGCUGAAGAAGAUCUUCGACAAGACACUGACCAGUAUUCUUCCACCCAAACCUUACAAUGACGUUGGGGUGGGACAGUCCCAGGAUGACAGUAUUGUGGGCCUGAAGCAGUCAAAGCAGAUUCCUCCUGCUCUCCCUGUCAGUGGAAACCUUUCAUCAAGCAACCCUGACCUGCUGCAGUCACACCAUCGCAUACUCGACUUCAACAACCAGCCUGAAGCGGUCCCUAUAAACAUGUCAGACCAGGUAUUGCGAGUGUUCAAGGCGGACCAGCAAAGUCGGUACAUCAUGAUUGGGAAGGACACCACGGCAAAAGAAGUGGUGGCUCAGGCCAUCCGAGAGUUCGCCCUCACCGCUGCUGCCGAAGCCUAUUCGUUGUGUGAGGUGUCAGUCACUCCCGAAGGAGUCAUCAAGCAAAGGAGACUCCCUGAACAACUCUCCAAACUGGCUGACAGGAUCCAGCUGAGUGGAAGGUACUACCUGAAAAGCAACAUGGAGACAGAGACACUGUGCUCGGAUGAAGAUGCGCAGGAGUUGCUACGAGAGAGCCAUAUCAGCCUGCUGCAGCUCAGCACGGUGGAAGUGGCAACCCAACUCUCCAUGCGCGCCUUUGAGCUGUUCUGUGCCAUCGAGCCCACCGAGUACAUCGAUGACCUGUUUAAGCUGAAAACUCGCCUCACCGGACCCCCCAGCCUCAAGCUUUUUGAGGAGGCCAUCAAUCGGGAGACUUUCUGGGUGGCCACAGAGGUGGUGCGAGAGGCCAACCAGCUCAAACGCAUGAAGAUUGUCAAGCACUUCAUUAAGAUUGCACUGCACUGCCGCGAAUGCAAGAACUUCAACUCCAUGUUUGCCAUCAUCAGUGGUCUGAACUUGGCACCAGUGUCCAGGCUGAGAGGCACAUGGGAGAAGCUGCCCAGCAAAUACGAGAAGCUGUUUAGCGAUCUUCAAGACCUCUUCGAUCCCUCCAGGAAUAUGGCCAAGUAUCGCAACCUUCUAAACAGCCAGAACCUGCAGCCCCCUAUCAUCCCACUCUUCCCCGUAAUCAAGAAGGAUCUCACUUUCCUGCAUGAAGGGAAUGACUCCAAAGUGGACGGUUUGGUGAACUUUGAGAAGCUGCGGAUGAUCGCUAAAGAGAUCCGACACGUGGGCAGAAUGGCAGCCGUAAACAUGGACCCUGCACUGAUGUUCAGAACCAGGAAGAAGAAAUGGAGGAGUUUAGGGUCACUCAGCCAGGGCAGUGCCAACGCGGCUGUCCUGGAUGUGACCCAGACGGGUGGGCACAAGAAGCGGGUCAGAAGGAGUUCCUUCCUUAAUGCCAAGAAGCUGUACGAGGACGCACAGAUGGCACGCAAAGUCAAACAAUACCUGUCCAACCUCACCCUGGAGACCAACGAGGAGAGCCUGCAAACGCUCUCAAUGCAGUGUGAGCCCUCAAUCAACACCUUGCCGAAGAGUUCUGGGGACAGAAAGAGACCCGACACAUCACCCGUAGUCUCACGGGCUGCGACCCACCAGCGCCAGCAGCUUCAAAAAGCCAACCAGGCGCUUCAAGUGCCUGCCGUAGCCCUCUACCCAUCCCGCAAAAAAGUGCCAGUCAAAGACUUACCGCCAUUUGGCACAAGCUCACCACAGUCUCUGAAGAAGAUCCUGUCCCUUUCAGAGGAGGCAGGAGACAGACACCGAAAGCAGGCAGAGGACAGUGUGUCCAACAACUCCUCACAGCUCUCGUCUCCUCCAACAUCUCCUCACAGCUCACCCAAAAAAGCCAUCGCAUCAAUAAGAAGUCAUGGUAUGAAGGGCUUUUCCUCCUUGUGUAGUAAAUCACCAACAGGUUAUGGACGAGCUGGUGAUUACCUGUCCGACUCUGGCCACAGUGAGAUCUCCUCCCGCUCCAGUCUGGUGAGCACUUCUUCUCUGGACAUGGGGCAGGACGAGCGCCGGCAGCGUUACGGAGGAACGGCCGGAGAAGGACACGGCAGUGGCCACCGGCUCGAGCGCAGAGCUACUGCUGACCCUGACCAGUACAGCUUGGGGUCCUACUCCUCCAUGCAGGACUGUCGUGGUCUGUACGCAGGCGCCACCGUCCUGUCCUCACCCAGCUCAGAGGAGCUCACGCAGGACCAGGGUGACCGGGUGUCCCUGGACGCUGCGGAUUCCGGUCGUGGCAGCUGGACUUCGUGCUCCAGCGGCUCUCAUGAUAACAUCCAGACCAUGCAGCAGGGCCGCAGCUGGGAGGCGCUGGCAGAGGGCGCAGGCCUGUGGGGCAGCAGAGGGAGCUGGGCAUCCGCAUGCUCCUCUUCUUCUUCGGUGGCAUGUUGGGGCGAGGACUCUGAAGGCGACACUGGCACCAUCAAACGGAGAGGAGGGAGGGAUGUGACCACAGAUCCAGAGACCAGCAGCAUCACCUCCACCGGGUCGGAAGAGUCCAGACAGCACAGCCGACGGCCCUCACCCAUCACCGCAGGAAACACCAAGGCUUCCAUCACACGGAAGGACGGCCGCUAUCGGGACCCUCCACCAACGCCGCCGGGUUACACCGCGCUGACCAUCACAGAUGUGACCGAGGGAACGCCACAUUCGGGCAGGAAACCACCAGACUACACCACCGCCCUGCAGCGCUCGCGCCUCGUCACACACUCCCUCGACUCCCAGCAGCCCCCAGCCGCAGGGAAACCGGACCCCCGGGGCCGAGAGGAGGACGAGGCAGUGGAGGUGGAGGAGGAGGGUGAGUGCUUGUCUCCCAAACUCAGAGCUCAGAGGAGGAGAGGUCCACACACAGCAGUUCCCCCCAGGCCAUGAGUUACAUACACCACCCCGACAGGAAGAGGAUGAACAAGUGUCUGCUGUCUGAAAGAGGAAGACACUGGCUUUAAUGCGUUGACUGAUGGCCACAGACAGACAUCUCUUCAGCACUGCCUCUCUCCAUCCUCACUCUCCCUGCCCUGCCUUAAUGCAGCAUGGGCUUCAGUGCCCUGCAUGCUCAAAAAUACUGUGAAGAACUGAGGAGAGCUUAGAAAAUAACUUAUUCGGCACUUUUGGAGAACGCAAAUAUGAACUGAAACUCGAAACACAGCGCUUCGACAUUUACACACACACACACACAAACUGCAGUCAGUGGUUCUCCAUUCAGACGAUUCCCUCUUUCCUUCAGCGUACAAGGUCACACGGACGUGUUUAGUAGUUCCCUUCAGCACUUUUUAACUGUUUUAAGGUGUCAACCGAUCACAUUUCAGUUGGGAUGAUGAAGGACGAUUCGUCUUAUUCAUAUAUCAGUGUGGUUCAGUAUUAAAACUCGCACGGCUUGAGGACUUUUGGAGAUAACACGUAGCACACCGAUUUUUCAAGCGGACAGAGAGACAAAAUGAAGCCUUAGUGUGUUUGAGAGCCAAAAGAAAGCACGAGUGAAUCAUGACAAACGCGAUACUGGAAAUAAAAGCUGACUAAAUGAACAUCUGUUGGGUAAUCCACAAGCGAAUCAGCGGUUCUUCUAACAGAUGCGAUUGUUAAGGCACAACAUCAACAACAACAGCGCCCCUGGUGGUCAAAAGCAGGAAACUCAGGCAAAAAAAAAAAAAAGAAAAAUAAAUAAAGAGUCGUCCUACUCGGGUGCUACUUUCUUCCUCUCUGUAAAAGUGAUAGCAUUAUGGAGGUGUGUUUGUGUGCUUUUUUUGGUUGUGAGGGCUCAAGUCGUGCAUGUUUCUCCUGGAUUGGGCCACCGCUGCACAAACAGCUUCCACAAUCACUCACAGGAACUCGACCGGAUGAGCAAAACUCACCUUUAUUCUUUCAUUUUAAUCACUGAGUUAAGCUGAUCACAUUGAUCAGUAGUUAGAAAUGACUUAAAAAGAAGAAGAAGAAAAAAAGAAGAAGAAGUGUGCAGUGUUUUCCACUGUAUUCUGUAACAUCACUACUUCAAUUUCUUUCUCUAGUUGCCUGUUUGUUUGUAGGUUUUUGGCUCUCACGCAUUUUCUUUUGGUUUUUGUAAAGGUUGCGGAUAUGGUUGUUAACAACAACACAUUUGUAACAGUAAAUAUAUCGGCCAUCUGCUUCCAUUUGUUUGGUUUUCUAUUGACGUUUUGGCAAGCCAAGAUGAGUCGCUUGUUUCGCAAAAUAAGUUGCACAAAUUGUACAAGCAUAAAUACAACAAGGUAAAUAGUAGUAGGUAGCUGUUCUGCUACUCUGUUCGAUAUGUGAUGUCAAGUGAGACGUGUACAUUUAGCUGGUGAAGAAUCUCUCUUUUGUUUGGUUUUCGGACUACUUUUACCUGUACGUCUUUUACAAAGACAAUUGGUGGAGUAUGUAUUUGUUCAUUUGUUUUGUCUCUUCUUUUUGUUUUGUAUUUUUAAUACAAUAAUUGUAAAUAUUGGUUAUAUUUUUGUUGAAUUGUAGAAAUGUAUGAUGUUUAUGCCUCAACAUCCAGUUUAUAUGAAGCUGGGAAUCAAUAAAUUCGACAAAUGAAUCAACUUAUAGUUUUUAAAUGCACUUAUUAUUAUUAUUAUUGUUAUUAUUAUUAUUAUUAUUAUUCAUUCUGCAUUAAGGUUUUUUGUUUUGUUUUAAAUGACCUCUGGCACCAUCUAGUGUUUGCACAAGAUAAGACAUGGAAGUAACUUGAAAUGUGUAUCUCAUACUUUUCUAACUGACAAAUGUAUGUUGGGGUUAAUAAAAGACAUCCAUAUCUAUCUGCUCUUCAA